GUCUCAUCAACACAGCUGAAACUUCCCCUUUGUGGAUUAAUACAAUUAUACUGCUAUUAUAUUAAUUCUGACAUACUGUGUUUAUGUCAGAUUCUUCUGACUAAUACAAGGUAUAAUUAUCUUUGUCUCUCUCUCUUUCUCAACACUUCCUCUUAACUGUCAGUUUAAAGAAGUGGGGAGUAAUAAGGAAGGAGUUCACCCAUGACUGAAUAAAAGGGGAAGGAUGGACAGACAGGUGGGAGUGAGAUGUUUUUAACUAACUGUGAAGACAAACUGAUCAGGGAAACUGGAAUAACCAUCUGGAGUUAAUCUGACCAACAAUUUCACCAUCUACAAACCGACACAAUGAAGAGCUUUCUGCUGCUCAUCCUCUCACUGAUGGCAGGCUGUGUGGCCUCAUACCAAGUGAAGGGAUGCGAAGGAGGAUGGGUUGAAUUCACGUGUAGAUACAAAAAAAAAGAGUAUUAUCCUAAGAUUGUUGUAGACAUUCCAAAAGCAGCCAAAGACAUACAAAUUACUCAAAGGGAUGUGUGGAAACAAGAAGGCAACAUUUUCCUGUAUCAUGAUACAACAAAUAAAAAACUCAGGGUGGCCAUCAAACAACUUCAAAGUAAGGACUUUGGGGAUUACAAGUGUAAAUUUUACCUAGAAGAGAAUGAUCGUGUGGAGCAGGAGAAGACUGAAGUGGAAGUUGAGACAGACAGAGACGGCUGCCAGAAACCAUUUACCCAAACUGUGUACAGAACGGCUAAAGCCACCAUCAGAUGUGAUUAUCCAAGAAACAGUCUGCAAAAAAAGUUUUUCUGCAAAGAGAACAAUUCCACCUGUGAGGACAUCUUAUCAACUGAAUCUUCUCCAAAGUCAAGCGAGACAUUCACUCUCACAAAAACUAACACAGGCUUCAACGUGUCCAUCAGUAAAGUGUCCUCACAUCAUGCUGGUGUCUACUGGUGUGGAGUAAAGUCAAAUGAAGGACGUUACCGAGCUGGAUUCAGAAAAAUACAACUAGAAGUUAAAGGACCACCAAUCAUGUCGCCAAACUCCCCUACAACCUCAUCGCCAUCUCUAACACAACCUACUACUGCUUCUCAUGAAAGUUUUGGUCACACAUCUGUGCUAAACCUCGCCGUGUGUCUCUCUUUGGAUUUGCUGGUGUUUCUCUUAAUGGUGCACGCCACAUAUUUCCUCUUCAAACGAUAUGAACUGUGUAAGAAAAACAGGAGUGGAGAGUAAAGGAAAAGCAAAGAGCAGAUGGAAGCAGAUCGAUGGAUCAUUAACAGCUUCAGGAUCUGCUCUGCAUCUGAUUUACAUCGCAGAUAACUUUCCGACAAGCUCCUCUAACCUACAGCUGCAUUGCUCCAUCUUCAACUUCUAAAACAACUGUGACAAAGUUGAUGUACCAUGUCAGCACGUUGUGCUAACGUAAAGGACUUUGUAUCUGAAACAUGCCCUGCCAUCAUUUCUAUCUUGAAUAUGUAAUGUGUAUGACUCAUUUGUGUCUCUAGUAAUGGAACAAAGUAUGAAUAACACAUUUGAAUUUAGGCUGAUGCUGGUCACACGAUCGUCACAAUCUUUGUAUAUCAUCUUUCUAUUUCAGCUCUUCUUCAUUUGCACGCAAACUCGCAGCUGCAACAUCUGAGUAAUUUCCUCUGUCUGGGUUAGAGCACGCACGUAAUCCAAACACACACACAAAUGAUGCAACCACAUGCUGACUUACAACGAUUUGCUGUUUGUACUUUAGGCGUCAUUUGGUUUUGUAUUUUUGGGUGCAUUAAAGCAGUUACAAAUGACAGCCUGCUCAACAUGCAGACUUGAUUUAAAUUAGCUUGGUUAGAGACUCAUAAUGUAACUUUUAGUGAAUUUUAUAUUCACUUUACAGCCCCAAAAUAAACAUAAUACAACUUUCUCUUUGUUCAGAGCUCUGAGAAUUACCUUCAAACCAAAAGAAAGUAAAGAUUUUGUUGCAUGAUUACCUGAGUUUAUUUGUAUCCCACUCUGUUUUUAAUUCAGUUUAACUACAGAAGUUUUAGUUUAAUGAGGGGAGCCGUUUUAUUUUAUAAUUUAAA